CUUACACAAUACCUACAGUAUAAGUGGAAAACAGGCUCAAGCAACCGAACAAGAGCCCACUGACCCCACGUUGUUCGCAUUGGUUUGCGACCCCUGUCUCGUGCUCUCGACCCGUGAUGCCCGAUGGAACCUCGAUCCUGCCGUUCGCUCUUUAAAGAAAACCAAACCUCGCGAGUUGUCAUUGACGACAAGCUUGUCCAACUGACACCGGCACCAUGUCUUCAGCAGAAGGAGGAGCGGCGCCGCCUGAAAAUGCAGCCGCGAACCAGCUCUCAAGUUCUCGACCCGACGAGACAAAUUCGCAGGUGCACGAUGUUCUGACAUCAGAGAUUGGCAUUCCGGUGAUGCUUAACCGACUCAAGCAGAGCAUCGCCUCGACAAAGGAGUUUGCGCAGUUCCUCAAGAAGCGCUCGAUCCUCGAAGACGAACAUGCAAACUCCCUCAAGAAGAUAUGCAGACAGUCGCAGGAGAACGUGCAGCGGGGAGAGCAUCGGGACGGCAGCUUCGCCAGGGUGUACGAGGAGAUGAUGAUGGUGCACGAACGCAUGGCCGACAACGGGAUGCAGUUCGCCAGGUCGCUGCACCAGAUGGCCGAGGACUUGACUGAACUAGCCCUUGUCGCCGAAAGGUCUCGGAAAGGAUGGAAGCAGAGUGGCCUGGCAGCUGAGCAGCGCGUGGCCGACCUUGAGACGGCUAUGCGCAAGUCAAAGGCCAAGUACGAUGGCCUCGCCGAGGAGUACGACCGAGCGCGAACCGGCGAUACAACCGGCCGCCAGGGCGGCAAGAUGUUUGGGUUCAAGGGGCACAAGUCGGGCGCUCAGCACGAGGAGGACCUGCUUCGGAAGGUCCAGGUGGCGGACCAGGAUUACCAGGGCAAGGCCCAGGUCGCGGCCUCGGAGAGGAGCGAGCUUGAGACGAAGACCCGGCCGGAAACCGUGCGGGCACUCCAGGAUACCGUGAGGGAGUGCGACUCGGGAUUGGCGCUGCAAAUGCAGAAGUUUGCGUCAUUCAACGAGAAGCUGGUGCUGAGCAACGGGCUCUGCAUCAGCCCGCUGAAGCAGUCAUCUGAGACGAGGAGUUUGCGUGAAAGCGUCCUCGCCAUUGAUAAUGAGAAGGACUUGAACGACUAUUUGAGCAACCAACACUCCAAGCUCCCGCCGAGGACAGGAGUGCCAAAGUAUGAGCGCAAUCAUCUCCUCGAGACAUCCCAUCGACCGCCAGCCAGCACACAAACCGUCCCACAGCAGCAACCUCCCGCCCCCGUCCAGCACCAGCCACCGCCACCAGGUGUCUUUCAAGGUUCCCGGGCAAGCACCUUCUCUGAUUCUCCCGUCCCUUCGCCAAACCAAGCGUCUUCAGGACAUAGCUAUGGCCAGAGCGUGGGCUCGAUUCCCGUGCUUGGCGGGCCACCGCGACCGUCUUCCCAACCCCAGCAUGAGAGGAGCUUUAGCCACGGAAGCACCAUGAAUCAGAGCAGCGGCCCCGCAAGCCAACAGUUUCGUGGUCCGGUCACGCCACAGCAGCAGCAGCAGCAGCAACAACAACAACAACAACAACAACAACAACAAUCCCAGGCAUCCAAUUCCAGGUUCAAUGGAUCAUUCAGCUCUGCGACGUCCCAGGGGCCACCGCAACUGGGAGCUUUGCCCUUCCAGGCCGCCCAAACCUCGCAGUCCCAGCAACCCUCCUACACACAGCUCCCCUCACAGCGGGGCAGCUCACUUUCCACCGCGCUACAAAAGCCACCUGCUUUGGGGCUUCCUCAAACACAUGGGGAAUUACCGGCGGCGGCGCCGCCACAGUUGGCACCGCCGCGUCCGGUGUUUGGCGUUUCCCUGUCCAGACUCUAUGAGAGGGACGGGCUGGCGGUCCCUAUGGUGGUGUAUCAGUGCAUUCAGGCCGUGGAUUUGUUCGGCUUGAAUGUCGAGGGUAUCUACCGGCUUUCUGGCUCCGUGCCGCACGUGAACAAGCUGAAGAACCUGUUCGAUACAGACUCCGGGUCCAGCAACCUCGACUUCCGCAACCCCGAGAAUUUCUUCCACGACGUCAACAGUGUAGCUGGGUUGCUCAAGCAAUUCUUCCGCGACCUGCCGGACCCGCUAUUAACGAGGGAGAACUACUUGGCAUUUAUCGAAGCAGCCAGUAAGACCAUCCUCAACCUCGCCUCUCCUCCCGCUUUGGCUUCUCUGGGCUUCCAUUCUCUAACAGCGCAUGUAGAGAACGAGGACGACAUCGUCCGCCGCGACUCACUCCACGCCAUCAUCAACGGACUCCCGGACCCCAACUAUGCCACCCUGCGGGCGCUUACUCUACACCUGCACCGUGUCAUGGAGAACUCGUCGACCAACCGCAUGAGCUCCCAGAACUUGGCCAUCGUCUUUGGCCCGACACUUAUGGGCACCGCACCCGGGUCGAGCAUCUCGGAUGCCGGGUGGCAAGUCAGGGUGGUGGAUACAAUUUUGCAGAACACGUACCAAAUCUUCGAUGAUGAUGACUGAAGGUAUUCUUAGUGCAGAAGUGGAGAGGGGGCCAUAUUGCUGGCGUUGGGUUGAAAGUUGGAGAGGUCGUACCAUUUGUGGGACAUGGACUCCUAAACCAUGAACCAGUCCAUGGGCAAGUUGGGAAUGAAGAGAUAUGGGAAAGGGUUCGUUCAGCAUUUCCAUGUCUUAUAUCCAUCAUUGGUAAGGAGU